AUGUACCUAACUAAGACGGUCGUUUUAAUAAAACUAUCCCGUUUUCAGACCGGUAUUUUUGACUUUGGCGAAAAAACAACAGCCUCGCACGGUGCGCCAUCGAGCCCGAGUGGGAAUGAGAAAUCGGCGAUAGGUUCGAAAUCUGCGCAAGCGUACUCUAUCAAUAAAUGGCAGGAAUUUUCCAAAAAUUUCUCUAAAACUUUAGCAAAUGUUGCAACGAAUGUGACCAAAAAUGAUACAGAUUAUAGCAGUGCUCGGGAUAAGUUGAUAUUAGAAGCGGCCGCAGCGAAAGCUGCCAUUGAUGCCAAAUUGUCUAUGGAUUUACUUAUUUUGGAUAUGAAGUACAAAGGUUUUAAAAAGUUACAGAAAAGGGAUGUUUGG